UCUUUGUAGAUCGCUUGCACUCCUCCUCCCUUCCUCUCCUCGGCUCUCCAUCCUUCCUUCCCGGAACGGCGGGGUGGACUGGUGGGGCUAUGGAGGAUGCAGGUGAGAUGAGGAAGACAUCCACGGUACCGGAGAUUAAACCGUUGGAUCAGUACGACUUCAACCGAGCCAAGGUGUGCGCCAGUGUCCGGUGGCUACUGGCGAAGUCAUACGGAUCCGCAGAGCAUGUCCCGGUGGAGCUGCGAGAGCCUCUGUACAGAGACAAGUAUGAGCAGGAGCACCUCAAGCCCUCCGUCUCCCAGAAACUCCUGUCCCCUGAGCUGUACUGUAGGACCCAGGCCCUGCUCCACGGGGUCUCCCAGCCCGCUUCUCAGGGGCCCCCAGGGGACAACUCCGCACUGCUGCAGCUCCUCACCAAGAGGGGCCUGGAGCCCAGGGACCAGGAUGUGGCCAUCACAGAGGAAGACCUCAGCCACACGCCCAUCAAGACGAGGGCCCACCUGGUCCUGAUUGACUCGCUGAUGUCACUGGCUGCCAUGGAGACGGUGGGCAAGGUUAAGAUGACGGCAGAGGCAGAGAAAAUGGGAGGCGGGGCUCCGUGGGAGAAUGCCCUCCUCUUCUGGGUUAACCGGUUGAAUCAGAAGUUGAGAGAGAGCACUGAGGAUGAGGAGGUCCCAACCUGCACAGACCCACAGCCUGUUCAACCAACAUGUCCCACCCGCUGGUACUGGAAACUGGUCCCACAUGCCAUCGCUUUUUGUUUGAAGGAGGAGUCUGGGAAUAAACCUCCAGUGAUCCGUUAUAGGAAGGAUAAGGUUCUGUCUAAGCAGACUCCUACUUUUCCUCUGGUGUCUGGUGUAAGGGAUCUGUCUAAUGGCUGUGCUAUAGCUGCUGUUCUCCACUACUACUGUCCUGACCUCCUGCCACUGGAAGAUGUGUGUCUGAAGGACACCAUGUCUGUAGCAGACAGUCUGUAUAACCUGCAGCUGAUCAGAGAGAUCAGUGAGACCAGUCUACAGAGGUGCUGUCACCUGGAGCUGGAGGACCUGCUCUACGCCCCGCCCACACUACACGUGAACAUCAUGAGUUUCAUAGCAGAGCUGCUGGGAUGGUUCGAGGUGCAUAAACCUGACUUUGUCAAGCCAUUACUACCUCUGGACCUGACAGAUGCCUCAGGGUUGUUGGACUGCACCAGUCCUGUCAGUGGGAACAGCAACAGUGGCUCUCCCUCCUAUAUCUUCAAACAGCCCUUUGUCCCCAUAUCCUCUCCUGCGUCACCUGAAGGGAACAUGUGGACCAAGAAACAGAUCCGUCGUCCUCUCUCGGCUGUGACCUUCAGUAUCCCAUUUGGUCUGGACAGUGACGUGGACGUUGUCAUGGGCAACCCCGUGCAUUCCGCCAGCACCAACAGCCUGACCACCGGCGUGCCCGCCAUGAUGACUUCAUCGAGCAUGAUGUCAUCGGGGAUGACACGGGUCCCCUACAGCCCCCCCGAGGACCUCAGUCACCUGGUCAGCGCCUCUGUCCCUCAACGCUCCUCCUGGGGACCGCACACACACUCACACACACCGGCCCUAGGGGAGCUGCCGACCGUCAAGAUCAUCCACACUCCUGGAGGAGGAGGAGAAAGAGGUGGAGGAGGGAAAGGAGGAGGAGGAGGAAGAGGAAGGCCAGAGCCACGCUUGCGUCCAGAAGGAGCUCCUGCAGGUUUCUUCCUUCAUUCUCCUGAAGACGACCUGACCCAGCUCAGCAGCUCCGCCCCCUGCCGCUCCGGAAUGCUCUACCGACCAAUAGGAGGGGAGGGGGGCGGAGGAGAGAAGCGGAGAUUGGGAGGCAGGGAGAGGGGGGAGAAGGGGAGACGGACAUCGGAUGGCUCGCGGGACGAUGACUCGGUCCUCCGCGACGGAAGUGUGGACUCAUCGGAAGCUUCCGACGACCUUCCUAGAAAUGCCCCCGGCAACGUCCGCCCUGGCCACGAUCGUCACGGCAACGGCAGCGUCAGCAACACCGGUGGCAGUAGCGGCAGCCCGCGGAUGACGAGCUUCGCCGAGCGGCGGGACAGAAGGAGACAGCCGGCCGCACCGGGAGAGGAGUCAGCCAGCACCCCGACCCCCACCACCCCCACCCUCCAUACCCCCACCCACACCACCCCCAGCCCAGGAGGGAAGCACCCUGAGCCGGGUACAGAGGCCUGGGAGCUGGGGGCCCGCCUGGAGGAGAAACGCAGAGCCAUCGAGGCCCAGAAGAGACGCAUAGAGGCCAUAUUCACCAGACACAGACAGAGGCUGGGCAAGACUGCCUUCCUACAGCUGAAGAGAGGAGAGGGAGGAGAGGAGCCUAUAUCUCUGGAGGAGCGUCUCAGCCGCAUGGAGGAGCAGCUGAAACAGGAGGAGGAGAAGGAGGAGAGAGAAGAGGAAGAGGAGAAAGGGAAGGAGAAAGAUAAGGCAGACAAAGGGAACUCCCGUCCGCAGGCGCGAUUGGAGAAGCAGGUGACGUUUUCCAUGGAUACGAGGAAGGGGGCCGAGAAAGGGGCGGAUAAAUGGGAGGGGCCUGAGCCGGGGGGAGGGGCUGUUCUUGGGGAGUAUAAUGAGGUGGUCCUGAAGCUGAGUGAGGCUCUGAGGUCACUACAGAAUGACAUGCAGAAACUGACCCAACAACAACAACAGCUAAUGGGCAAGAAGACCACACCCAAAACUACACCUAAAACCACACCUAAAACUACACCCAAAACGACACCUAAAAGUACACCCAGGACACCACCCAGGACCCCCACUAAGAGUCCGACUAGAACCCCGACCAAGAGCAUCAGUAAGGUUUGGGUGAUCCCUGCAGGCUCCAAACCCCCCACCUCCACUACCUCCCCCUCUCGCAGGGCCCUCCCCCAGCUCUCCUCCACCCCUCCCAAAACCCCCAUCUCCUCCUCCUGCCCUGCCCCACGCACUAAGAUCCACUCCUCCUCCCCCCGUAGCCCUAAACACCACCCGCGCCCCUCCCACCCCCACCCCCGCCCAUCUGAGUUGAAGUUCCCUCCUUCCACCCGUGUCCUCACCCCCCCGCAGCAUGUGGACUCCCUCCCCCACCUGCGACGUGUCUCCCCCAGCCAGUGCCAGGUCCAGACCUCCUCCUCUUUCCGUAUCGGGGGCCCCUGCACCCCUGCCGCCAUGCUGCCCCAGCCUGAGGAGAGUACCUCGGAGACGGGCUCCAGCGAGACGCCCACCCAGUUCAGCCUGGAGCUGGAGGAGCAGGAGGGGUCAGGGGGAGGCCGGCCCGUGUUUCCCCAGCCCAGGAGAGGCCGUUCUGGCGGUGGCAGCAGCUCUGGAGCCCCCUCCGAGGGCUCCUUUGAGAGCGAGACCCUGUCGCUGUCGGCCGCUUACUGCGGAGGAGGGGAGGGAGGAAGAGGAGGAGGAGGGAAUCGUUGCAGCCUGAUGGAGGUGUCCUUGUCAUCCCUGGGAGGGGCAGAGGGGGGCAGCGACGAGCCAACUGACACAGAAGGACAGGAGUUCUUCUCUGACUCCAUGAGCGACCACACAGAACCUCCAACAGGAGAAACGUUGGAACCUACGGAACCCACGGGAGAACUGAGAGAAUCUACGGGGGAUCAAGUAGAACCAAGAGUAGAACAGACACAGAACACAGAACUCCUAGAACCCUCAGUGGAACCCACAGAGCAGACGGAACCGGAGACGAGAGGAGGGGUUGGAUUCUUCUUCAAGGAGGAGGUGCGUUGUGAAGAUGAGAUGGCUCAGAGGAGAGCUGCUCUGUUGGAGAGACAGCAGAAAAGAACAGAGGAACUGAAGAGGAGGAGACAGUGGAACGAACAGGAGAGAGAGAGCAGACCCCCCUCUGAGGAGGAGGAGCGAAGAGGCUCUCUCCCACAGACCCCUCCCCUGUCCUGCACCUCUCCCCCCGCCGCCGGUGUCCCCUCCCUCACCCCCCCGACCACGCCCAGUCGCCGUGGUGAUUUCACGCGGAAGGAGUACGCCCACCGCCAGCAGAUACGCAUCAUGUCUGACCUGGAUAAGGUGCUGCGUCAGAAACCCACCAAUCAGGGACGAGUCGCCGCCAAGAAGUCCCGCCCCCGACCUCGGAGCAUGACCCGGGAGGAGUCACAUCUGUCCCGCAGCCCAGCCAAGAGCACUAUGGGUCCUAAGUUGACUAAGGUGUACUCUCACUCCUCUCUCAACCUGGCUGCUAUGGCUGAUGACUCAGAAAGCCCCGUCCCUGACAACACCGUCCCUGACAACACCGUCCCUGACAACACCGUCCCUAACCCUAGCAAGAAACCAUCCAGCCGCCCUGAUUCGCCCUCACGUCUGAUGUCACCGAGCCGACUGGCCAAUCAGAACGGAGACAAGGACUGGGAGAUCGGCUCCAAUGGCUCCUCCCCUUCCAUUCCAGAAUACACCGGGCCCAAACUGUUCAAAGAGCCGAGCUUCAAGUCCAAUAAGUUCAUCAUCCACAACGCCCUGUCUCGCUGCUGUCUGGCUGGCAAGGUCAACGAGACUCAGAAGAACAAGAUGGUGGAGGAGAUGGAGAAGAGUCCAGCCAACCACUUCCUGAUUCUGUUCCGUGAUUCCAACUGUCAGUUCCGAGCCGUCUACACCAUGAGCCCCGAGACUGACGAGCUCGUCCGAUUGGCCGGGGUGGGCCCGCGUGUCGUAAGCCCCGCCCUGGUGGAGUCCAUCUAUAAGUACAGCUCCGACAGGAAACAGUUCAGUUGUAUCCCGUCCAAGACCAUGUCUAUGAGCGUCGACGCCUUCACGUUACCAGGACACCUGUGGCACAGCAAGAGGCCUGUUAAGCCAAAAUAAGCAUGUAUAUAGACAUACAUACAGGCAUGGAUACACACACACACAAACAACUGAAUUACUGUUUGUCCUGCAUGGGACACACUACCCCUCUCGCCCUUAAAUCUCAUCGGACCUACUGACUAUUGACGAGGUGCUUUCUCUCCCCUGUAUGUGCAUGGAAAUGGAACAGUCCAACUAUCCACCCUUAUAGAGAAGACUCUAAGACUCGUCCACACGCGGGGGAUACUGAAGACCAGUUGUUGUUGUAUAAAUGACCUUUUCAAUCUUAAAUGGUUACACUACACAGGAAACAAACUCUACACAAAAAGUGUAUCUUUCUCUUAGUUAAAACGUUCUCCUGUUAGUUAAAACGUUCUCCUGUUAAUGUCUGAGGUCCAAAAUGAUUGUUUCUCUGCUACCCAUAAACCCUUUGGCCUUAUGUUCUGUUCUGUUCACUACUAGCUGAAAGGCUGGAGGCAUGCUGAUAGCCAUUGUGUAGGUUGACUAAAGUUUUCUGUUUUAUAACACGAACAUAAUCCUUCUGAUGCCUUCUGCCCGACGACUGGCAGACACGGGACUUUUAUUAUCAAAAGUGGACUUUUAUUAUCCUGCAAACCAGGUCAAAACAAGGAAUGGAGGACAUUUGUUGUUUCUUUAAUGUGAAAAGGAGAAAAGAACACGAGAUGUGUGUUCCCCAAAAUAGCACAAAAUCAAAGAUUGUACAUAGUUGUGACGGACGGGCCAUCGCUGGCAGACUAAGGCCUAGAUUCAAUCCGAUUCUGCACUAAAGCUCGACUGAAAUUUAAAAGCACUGUUCCCGCGUUCGCCAAGACUGCAUUCUCGAUAAACGCUGAAUACGUGGGCCAAACCGGAAAUGACCUUAAAAUUUCAAUCACGCUAUAAGGCAGAUGUUCUGCUCUAUGGAUUGAAUCUCUCCCUAAACUGCCAGAACUGAUUUGUACAAAGACGCUGCAGCAUGGACAUGUGGUCUCACAGGGCUUGACUUGGGCAGGAGCUCACCGGAACCGAGGACCGAACGGCACCUCAGAUGUUCUACUGCUUGACUUGGGCAGGAGCUCACCGGAACCGAGGACCGAAUGGCACCUCAGAUGUUCUACAGCUUGACUUGGGCAGGAGCUCACCGGAACCGAGGACCGGACGGCACCUCAGAUGUUCUACUGCUUGACUUGGGCAGGAGCUCACCGGAACCGAGGACCAAACGGCACCUCAGAUGUUCUACUGCUUGACUUGGGCAGGAGCUCACCGGAACCGAGGACCGAACGGCACCUCAGAUGUUCUACUGCUUGACGUCCUGCACCUCUUACAGAAUAUUAGCUCUAAACCUUUGCAGAGUUCCUGCACCUAAAUAUAAACAGUACCGGCUCUCAAAAUGAGUACUGGCACCUAUUUUAGUCCAAGUCAAGCACUGGUUCUUAUGGGUUGUCAGCCAAUAGAUAUGUAAAACCCUGAAAGUUAAAGGUCAGGGGGCAGGGGUUAUGACCCACCCACGGUACAGUAGGGUUAAUAAAGUAGAUGUGUUUUAAAA